CCAUGUCCCAUGUGGGAGCCUCACGCCCACAUCCGCGAAGUUUUACUGAGUCUUAUUGAGUUUCUAAAAAAGUAUAUAGACAAUGAAGGGACUGUUCACCGCGCCAACUAACUAUGAGCAGUUCAUGACAGGCGAAUUUUUGAACACACCACAGUUCCUUGUCCAGUCGUAUAUAUACGAGUUUAUUGGCACUAAAGAAAAUUACAUUAAAUUUGUAAAUGCUGUAUAUACUCUCUUGAACGACCAGAUAAAAAAUGAAAAGUCUACAAAAGAGAAUAAAGCAAGGAGCAAUGAACUGCUUGGGGGCUGUUUAUAG